UACAGGUGGGUUCCAGAUGUUCCAGAUGUUCUAACUUCACUGAGUGGAAUGCUGAGCCUCAGGAGGAGCUCGAACCUGUGAACUUCGGGGUCAUGUGACCUUGUUUGUUUUUCUACAGUCUGAUCUGGCUGGGUGGAGGCUACGCCCCUGAGCUGAUUUACCUGUUCUGAGGUUUAAUACCGUCGUUAUAAACACCCGCCUUGUCACCAUGGUAACCUGCUAAAAUCUGCUGACAUUAUUGGUCGGACAUUUCUCUAAAUCUCUAAUUGGACCUGGUUACCAUCGUGACUGAACACCACACCUGCUCAGUUUUACUCUAACUGGUUCCAGUAUCACCAGUCUGGGUCAGUUCAGAACCAGAAAUGAGUGAGAUGAAGAUGGAGACCUGGUGGCAUUCUCAUCUGAUGAUGAGCUAAUGAUGGGUCUGAGCUUCGUGAACGACGGCAUCUUCCGCCUCUUCAUCAAAGAGAAGAAAGAGCACCGACGGGACUUUCCUCUUCAUGCCUUCCCGCCCUUUGCCUUCGGCACCCCUCCUCCUCCACACGGACCCCCUCACGUGGCCCCACCCCCCGCCCUCCACCCGAACAUCACCUGUGACGGCUGCGAAGGCCCCAUCAUGGGAACUCGCUUCAAGUGCUCGGUGUGUCCCAACUAUGACCUGUGCUCCACCUGUCAGUCUCAGGGGAAGCACACGGAACACGCUCUGCUGCCCAUCUGGCACCCCCUACAGCACUUUUUUCCUCGGGGCAAGUGGAUGAAGAGGAUGAGACACUGCAUGUGGAACCAGCACUCGGCCCAGAACCAGACCCAGGACCAGGAGCAAGAGCAGGCGGAGCCUGCCAGACCUGCAGCGGACAACAGUGCCCCCUCUGCCUCACAGGCCAGCGUGGACUUCCUAAAGAACAUUGGGGAGGGCGUGGCCGCCAUGCUGAGCCCGCUUGGUAUUGAUGUGGACAUCGAUGUGGAGCACGAAGGUCAGAGGACAAAGGUAACUCCACCCACUCAGAGUGGAGAUGGACAGGGCGAUGUAGACCUGGAUGGAGAGGGCGGAGCCAGCAAUGAGGGUGGAACCAACAUUGAAGGCAGUACCAACCAAGGGUCAAAGGUUAGUCGAGACUCUGAUGAGGAGUGGACUCACCUAAGCCCCAAAGAGGUCGACCCGUCAACAGGUGAGCUCCAGUCACUGCAGCCAGAUGGCCAAGGGCCCCCACAGCUAGGGUCCCCUCAGCAGGGGCCCACAGGUCUGCGGGAGGCAGCUCUUUACCCACACCUGCCUCAAGAAGCAGACCCACGUCUGGUGGAGUCAUUGGCGGCAAUGCUGUCGAUGGGGUUCACCGACGAAGGCGGAUGGCUGACCCACCUCCUUCAAGCCAAAAACUGCGACAUCGGAGCUGCACUCGACGCCAUCCAGUACGCCAAGCAGCCCCGCCCACCCCAGUGACAUCAUCUCAGCAACUGUUUUCUUUAACCUGAGACCUGUUAGCAUUUAAUCAACUACUUUAUGCGGGGGUUUGUUUAAUUAAUACGUUUAUUUGUUCUUCUGUUUCUAUUCUCUACGAUCGGAUUUCUGAUCAACUGGUCAAUAAAAACUUUAAAAAAAACUUUGUGUCAAAAUAAACAAGAGAUCAAUAUAAAUAAAACAUCUCAGACAAAAG